AUGUUUUCGCCUGUGGAUGCGGGUCAGCCGCAGGUGUUCGGCAAUGCAGACGGAUUGAACAUGCUCGCUUCGAUGGGAGAUUCUACACGAGAAAUAAGUAGCCACGGCGUGCCCUCAUCAGAAGCUGGGGUGGUGCCAAUUCCCAAAAAAUCAAGAACAAUCAAGACCGAUAGGCCGCGACCCUUCUUGUGUUCGAUUUGUACACGUGGAUUUGCGCGGCAAGAGCACUUGAAGCGGCAUCAACGCGCACAUACGAACGAAAAGCCGUUUCUCUGCGCCUUCUGCGGAAGGUGCUUUGCGCGACGGGACCUGGUGCUGAGACACCAGCAGAAACUGCACUCCUCGCUGAUGGACGACGUUUCGAUAGAACGCACUGCUGCCAAGGAGUCCAAGCAGCAGCUCAACGAGCGCCAUAUCAUCACCAUUUCCGGAAAUAAAGAAACAAUGCUUCCGCGGCCUGUAACCGGUCAGGAAUUAAGUCCUGGCGAGGGGGCAACCCAUCGGGUAGAAGAAUCCCAGCACGCGGGUUUUGAGACGGAUGCCUUAGGAGAACCGGAUGCCGAAGAAAAACUGCGAAAACGUAAACGACAUGCUUCCUUUUCGGCGUCAAGCUCCAUAACGUACACGCAAGCGAAAGACGCACCAUUCAUUAUCGAGCGCGACCUCCCAGAUAUACCUCACCAAGUUGGAUUCUCGACGCCGCAGCUUUCUGCGCAAGAGUUGAUGGAGAAAGCCGUCGAAAGCGGCGUGGACUUGGAUGCGAUAUCGUCGCUGCCGCAGUUGGAGCUUCCCGAGUCUCAAUUUGGCGAAAACGCUGCUGGGAAUUUUAUGUGGCGCGAGGGUAAUUUUAAGACUGCACGCGGAUGUCAGAACAAUACCGAUUUUCAAAAGUUUCAAGGUGCCGGCAGCGAUCUGCUGCAUACGCCUUCGCUUUUAGGAUUCCUGCAAAUGGGAUCAUCUGUUGGUGGUGCUGGUGGGUUUACAAACGUCAACGACAAUUUUUCAGAUGCCAACCUCGACUAUUUUAACUACAAAAAUGACCAGCGCGUUCAACACAACAAGGCUACCUCUCGACGAGGAAGUAUUCUUGAAGGUGCUGUCCAAGGAAGCUCCGAACUUGUUGGAAACGUGGUGGGCGAACUAGACGGCUCGAACGACGCACAGAUUUUGGCGAAAAACCCUCAGUCAGAUGAGCACUGGCUCUCAGAAUUUAUCAACACUCACAUGGACGGAGACUUUAAGGUCAAUCUAAGCAACCUAAACGAAAUUGGAUUUCCUUUCACAAACUCAGACCAAGCUACUGACGCCUCAACCCCACUUCAACAACUAGGUUCGGUAUCACUACCGCCGCUUAAUGGGAAUAAGCGCCUUGACUCUCCUCGGAAUCCGAAUUCCUUACCGGAGGCGGAUCCCACAUCUGUCUCUACCACUUCCACGGUAAUGUCGUCUAUUAAAAGAGACUCUUUUGUCCAUGAGGCUCUGGCAAGCGAUAUUCCUUCGCUUUUCAAGUCUAGGCAGAUCGAUCUGUUCAAGAAAAUCAUGGAAAAUCAACAAGAUUAUGUUUCGCCUUCUAGCUCUGAGUGCUCUUCUACCAGAAUAAGAGAGAGAUCUCGUCUGACCUUGUUCACAGAACAACUGAGGCAAGAGAUUAUCAAAAAGAACCAUCUUACUUCUGCGCAAUUUCCAACGCUUCACGAAUUAAACUCGUAUGUCAACUUAUACCAGGACGAAUUUCAUCGAUAUUUCAGUUUCAUUCACCUGCCCUCAAUCAAAUCCAGUAUGCAGAUUUAUCCGCUUCUGCUCUCCAUAUCAAUGAUUGGCGCACUGUACGGUUUUCAUUCAUCGCAUGCCAUGCUGCUUUUCAAUAUUUGUCGAUUCCACAUUCGCGAGCAUUUAGAGAGAACAAAACAUCGGCAUGACGACACGCCAUUGUGGGUCAUACAAAGUAUGGUUCUGUUGAUUUUUGUUGGCAUAUUUAACAACGACUUAUCCAUCACGAAGACGAUGAACACACAGAUCAUGUCUCUGAUUGAGCUUGUGAAGCUAAAGCAACUUAACAUGCCUUUAGAGAUGUUUGUUAACCCACCCAUUGAGAGCGAUCAUAUCUUGGAAUAUCAAGACAAUCCACAGCUGUUGGAACAGAAGAGGAGAGCUUACUUGACCUCAGAACAAAUUCAAAAAAAUUUUGACUAUUUUGUGCUUGCACAGACGAGGAUACGAACCUGUCACACCAUUUUACUGAUUUCCAAUUUAUUCACGUCUCUUGUUGGUCUUGACUGUUGUUUCCAUUCUAUCGACUUGAAAUGUGGUGUUCCAUGUUUUUACGAAGAUCUUUACCACUGUGAAAAUUAUGUGGAGUGGUCCAGCAUGCUUGCUCAACACAGAAUCAUUCUUGACUCGAAAUUUUCAUUAAUUCAACUUUCAAACGGUGGUGAGACCUACAAGAACUGUCUCAUAUAUCUGACAAACGGUUAUCAGUUUUUCUACGAGAACAAAAAAGUUUCAUUUAACACCCUCUUGUCUUUACUAAUUUCGAUUCAUGAAAAGAUUUUUAUCGAGAGGUCGAAUUUAGAGCAUGAGUCCAAUACCCAACUCCUGGAUUUGAAAUGGAGAAUGAGUUCAAGGCCAAUUGUGGAGUCACUGCUGAAAUUUUGGGAGGCGUUAUACAUAAAGCAUGGAGGGCCCUUAAUUGCCAAUGAAAGCAACAUAGCUUUUAUCAAUGCGAACCCUCCACUGAGACUGAUGAUACCACUAUUGAAUUUUGCAAAGAUCCGGAAAUGUCUCAGCUUUACAGGAAUCAUGAGCAAGAUAUGGAUCAAAGAUUGGGCAGGUAUGAAUCAUUCUCUCGAACGGUUCAAUGACUGGGACUCCCUACGUGAAAGUACAGACUACGCUUUAAACAUUGUGAAAUUCUGGGUAGAUAGCGUCUCAAUCGUGAAGAACGCAGAAAAAACAUCGAUGAGAACUCCUAUCUUUUCCAUAACGUGCAUCUUCUCAUCUGUUCUCAUAAUUGCCGAGUAUCUUAAACGCGUUGAAGUUUGGGCUAGAGACUGCAGAGAUGGCGCUUCGGACCUUAGUCUGAAGCCCGUUGAUAGAACCCUAUGGUUGAAAUCAGAAAUAAUUCUGAAGAAGAUCGAGGAGCAUUUACUCCCGAAAGGCUACAAUAUGCAAUCUUACGCUGAAUUUUUGAGAUCGCAAGCUAAAGGUGCAUUGGACGUCGAAGUCUUGGACGACAAGCUCGCAACCCAAGCAAUGAGUCCUGAUACGGAUUUUUACGAAACCGUGGGUGUCAUUUUAAGAGCUCGCUUGUCAUCAAGAUCCUUAUAUUUGGGUGUCAGAAUUUUAGGCGACGCGCCAAUUUGGCCAAUUGCCUUGCUCUUCGCACAAGCACUUCAAUCAAGAGCCAUCUAUAAUUUAGAUCAUUAA